AUGGCUACCGUCGCCCCUCCGGAUAUCUCGCAAACUCAUCCUUAUACCUGUAAUUCCUGCGCAGUCGCGUUCCGCAAUAGCGAUGCCCAACGAUCUCACAUGCGAAGCGACUGGCACAGAUACAAUUUGAAGAGAAGAUUAGCAGAACUGCCUGCGGUAUCAUCCGAAGAUUACAACGAGAAAGUUCUGGCCGCUCAAGCAACCAACAAUGCCGCCGCUGCUCAAGCCGCCUAUGCCAAAGCUUGCACAACGUGCCAGAAGACCUACUACAGUGAAAAUGCCUACCAGAACCACGUCGCCAGCAAGGCACACAAUGCGAGGGAAUUGGCACUUGGCAGAGGUUCAAGGGCCGAUACAAGUUCCACCGUUGGAUCUCUAGAUUCAACUGCCGACUCUACAGCAGAAUCGGAAUCUCGAGACCUCGAGGCCGAAGCCGAGUUUGAGCAAGUGGUGGCGGGAAUGAAGAAGACUUCCAUCAAAGAUGUUCCUGGAAUAACACGGAGACCUUCAGCACCCCCGCCAGAUGCAGAACCCCGAGAAGAACAUCCCAUGUCACCAGAGAAGCCUCGAUUAUCGAACAUCCCUCUAUCUCGAUGUUUGUUCUGUAACUACGACUCGCCUACGUGGAAACUCAGUGUUUCGCAUAUGACGAGAAUUCACGGUCUUUUCAUUCCUGAACAAAAUUACCUGGUGGAUUUGGAAGGAUUAUUGAGGUACAUGCAAGCCAAAAUCUAUCAAAACUACGAGUGUUUGUACUGCCACAAACUUCGAGGGAAUGCGGAAGGCGUACAGACCCAUAUGAGAGAUAAAGGCCAUUGCAAAAUUGCUUUCGAGUCGGAAGAAGAAAUGAUUGAGGUGGGACAAUUUUAUGACUUCUCAAGCACAUACUCCGAUGACGGCACAGAUGAGGAUGCUGAGAUGGAUGGUACGAGAUCCAAACAAAAUGGAGGUGUCAAAUUGGAGGGUGGAGCACAAGAUGAGGCCGACGAUGGCUGGGAAACAGAUUCUUCAUUCUCAUCCCUGGACACCAACGAACUUGCUUCCGUACCGAACGAUGACCGCACGCUUUCCUAUCAACGCCUCCCAAUGCACAGACAUCAUUCUAACACCGAUCCAAGACCUCACAAAAACGCGGAUGGUUUUCAUUCUCAUGCACACAACCAUAACAAUGCAGUUUUCUACGAUGAAUAUGAAAUGCAUCUUCCCGGUGGCCGGGUGGCCGGGCACAGAAGCUUAAAGAAAUACUAUAGACAAAAUUUGUAUUCUUAUCCGACGGCGGCGGAACGAAUGGAACGGGCCCAGAGAUUGAUUGAGGAAGGCAGCUCGGAGGAUGCAGAAAUGGAUGACGCAGACCUUCCCGCCACGCCUCCUCGCAAUAGUCUCAUGAGACGAGGAGAAGCCGGUAUGCUCGGUGCAACAAGUCAGCAGAGACGUGACGUUCGUGCUCAAGAGAUCCGAAGCAGACAAAAGGAGAGACGAGCGCAAAAUCGAUAUCAGGCAAAACUGGAGAAACAGAACAACCUCCAGAAGCACUACCGAGACCCUUUGCUACAGUGA